UUUGUUCUUCAAUAAGUCAAUUUCACUCAAUUUCAACAUGAACAUGUGGAUUGCUCUCGUUCUCGUAGCCGUCGCGACGGUGGCUGAAAGCUGUACAUGUGGCACUAUGAAGUGGGCCAACUGCGAAGGGACUGAACCAUCAUGCCGGUGCGACCUUCUGGUCGGCAAUGGCGAAAAGCAACUGCUGGACUGCAAUGCAUUGAUCCCCAAGUGCUUCUUGAUGAAGGCUGAGAUGUACCGGGCAAAAAAGAACCUGGACACACGCAUUUUGGGAGGAAAGCCGGUGGAGACGGCCUUCGUGGACAACGACGGAAUCUACGACCCGGAUUGCGAGACCGACGGCAAGUUUAAGGCCAGGCAGUGCAACAACACAGAGGAGUGCUGGUGCGUCAACAGCGCCGGCGUUCGUCGUACCGACAAGGGAGACAAGGACCUCAAGUGUGAUAAGCUGGUGGAGACCAACUGGGUCCGUCUUCAGCUGACACACAAAGAGUUGACAACUCCACUCAAACCCGCCAAUCUGAAAGCUGCCAUUUCCGAUGCCAUUAACAAACGUUACAAGAACUUCAACAAGGACAUGGUGGCUGAAGUCGAGUACGAUGCAGAUGCCAGCUUGAUUGUGGUGGACGUGAAGAAGCAGAAGGGGGAUCGCACGAAUGACCUGACCCAAAUGGCCUACUACAUGGAGAAAGAUGUGAAGGUGCUUCCCCUGUUCUCGAACCCGGAAAAGUUUGCGCCCGUUGUGGGCGGCCAGAUGCUGGAGAUGAAGAACAUUCUGGUGUACUACGUGGACGAGGAGCCCCCGACCUUCACCAUGAAGAACCUGUCGGGAGGAAUCAUUGCCGUCAUCGUUGUGGUGGUGCUGGCCGUGGUCGCCGGCCUGCUGGUCCUGUUCUUCGCCAAAAAGCGACAGAAUCAGAGAUACAAGAAAACCCAACAAAGAGAAAUGGAGGCCAUGUAAAGUCUUCAUCGCAGCGGGAUCUAGAAGAGUCGGCUUAUAAAUCACCUUUUUGGAUUUUUUUUAAAUUUUAUUUUUUGUAGUGGGAGUGUGCCAUUUUAAAACAAACAAAAAAAACCAAA